AUGUCCUUCACUUCUGGAAUUGAUGUCCCAAAUCUGACCUGGCGUGAUCUACAGCACAUCGUUGUUCACGGAUCCCACAUUCCCAAUGUGGAAGAGUCUGGCUGGCACAUUAACGGCGCUGGCUUCCACACCAAUGAGAAGUUUGGAUUCGGGAUGCUGGAUGCCGGCAAGAUGGUAGAGCUGGCUCUGACUUGGAGACUAGUCGGACCUCAGCAGACGUACUCGACCACAACGUCAAGAUAUCAUAAAUCAAUCCUUCAAGGAAUGUCCACCGUAGUCUACAUAGAUAUAAAUUGCCCCAUCACCAAACUGGAGCACACCAUCGCGAAAAUCUCCUACCAAGCCCCCCGCCGUGGCGACGUCUCCCUGACGAUCUGGUCCCCGCAGGGCACCCCCUCCGAGCUCCUCUCGACCCGCAAGAAUGACAACACCACUCAGUCAGUGGACGAGUUUCCUUUCAUGUCGCUACGGAACUGGGACGAGAACCCAAACGGGGUGUGGCGCCUGGAGGUAGAGCAUCACCACACCCCACCGGGGGUCCAGUCGCAGGAGGAGGACCUUCCUGAUAUUCCGAGGGGAAGUAGUAAGGUGGCUCGAUUCACCAGCUUCCAGCUGGUGUUGUACGGGACUAAUGAUGAUGCUGACCUGACAACAACUAACGAGGAAAACCCAGCCGUGAACCCUGAUCUUUCAGGACAUAUUGAAGACAACGUGGUCGUUGACCUUUAUAACAAAGAGCAGCUAGAUGAUGAAGAGAUCGUUAUUGACAAGGAUAAUUUAGCCAAAGGAGUAAAAGCACCUCCAAAUACAAAACACAACUUGGACGAUGAGGAUUAUCGCACCAUCAUAGACACCCCUAUGGACUUGAACACAGUCCGAGAGCAACUUGAAGGAAUGAUCUACCAAGACCCCAUGGAAUUCUGUAAAGAUGUACGCCUCGUCUUCACCAACUCAAAAAGCUACACCCCAAACAAAAAAUCUAAGAUCUAUUCCAUGACGUUACGUUUAUCAGCACUCUUCGAGGAGCAAUUCAGACCUAUUCUAAGCGACUACAAAUCAGCUCUAAAGUAUGAGAAGCAAGUCCGUUCAGGACUCAAGAGCCUCGUCCUCUAACAGCGAAGCCUCGUCAUCUCACAGCGAAGAAGACAAGGAGACAGAGAGCCCUACUCGUGCGGGGCCAUCCAGGGUGGGGCCAUCCAGGGCAGGGUC